AUGGCUUCAAGACCCGAAUUGAAGCUCGAUGACGAGGGCGGCUUCAUCCGCCUCUUCAAGUCGCUGCCAGAUAUCGGUGCCGAUGCCGUGCGGAUAUUCGAUCGAGGCGACUGGUACACGGCCCACGGCGAAGAUGCCCUGUUCAUUGCCAAAACGGUCUACAAAACGACGUCUGUUGUCAGGCAGCUCGGCAAGAAUGACCACACCGGUCUCCCCUCCGUCACAAUGACCAUGACUGUCUUCCGCCAAUUCCUCCGCGAGGCACUCUUCAAACUGGGCAAGCGGGUCGAAAUCUGGCAGAGCUCCAGCGGUCGGAUGAACUGGAAAUGCAUCAAGCAGGCGUCCCCGGGAAACCUCCAAGACGUCGAAGACGAGCUGGGCGGCCAGAUCGACUCGGCACCCAUGAUCAUGGCCGUCAAGAUAUCCGCAAAGGCUUCCGAGGCGCGCGCUGUCGGCGUUUGCUUCGCCGAUGCCAGCGUGCGAGAGCUCGGCGUCAGCGAGUUCCUCGACAACGAUCUAUACUCCAAUUUCGAGGCUCUCCUUAUUCAGCUUGGCAUCCGAGAGUGCCUCAUCCAGUACGACAAAAACGAAAAAGAAAAAGAGAGGGAUCCCGAGUUGGCAAAGCUGAGGCAAGUCAUCAACAACUGCGGUGUCGCCCUGGCCGAGCGUCCCGCGGGUGACUUUGGCAUCAAGGAUAUCGAGCAAGAUUUGGCUCGCCUCUUAAAAGAUGAAAAAUCAGUUGCCAUGCUGCCGCAAACAGACCUUAAGUUGGCCAUGGGCUCUGCAGCAUGUCUGAUUAAAUAUAUUGGAGCCCUGCAGGACCCCUCCAACUUUGGCCAGUAUCAGCUGUACCAGCACGAUUUGGCCCAAUACAUGAAGCUUGAUGCUGCAGCCCUCAAAGCCCUUAAUCUCAUGCCUGGUCUGCGAGACGGUUCAAAGACAAUGAGCAUCUACGGCGUGCUCAACCACUGCAAGACUCCUGUAGGCAGUCGCCUCUUGGCACAAUGGCUCAAGCAGCCGCUGAUGAGCAAAAUUGAAAUCGAGAAGCGACAGCAGCUUGUUGAGGCAUUCUUUACCGAUACUGAGCUUCGCCAAACCAUGCAGGAAGAACAUUUACGCUCUGUUCCCGACCUCUACCGCUUGUCGAAGAAAUUCCAACGCGGUAAGGCCAAUCUAGAGGAUGUCGUCCGUGCCUACCAGGUUGUCAUCCGUCUUCCUGGCUUCAUCGGGACCCUCGAGGGAAUCAUGGAUGAGGCUUACAAAGACCCUCUUGACGAAGCAUAUACCAACAAGCUCCGAGAGCUGUCCGAUAGUCUCGGCAAGCUUCAGGAGAUGGUUGAACAAACGGUCGAUCUCGACGCUCUAGACCGACACGAGUAUAUAAUCAAGCCCGAGUACGAUCAGAGUCUGCGUGUUAUCCGCAAGAAGCUCGAUCGGCUUGACCAUGAUAUCAGGCAAGAAUUCCAGAGUGCCGCACGCGAUUUAGGCCAGGAGGCCGACAAGAAGAUUUUCCUCGAGGCCAACCACAAGGUGCACGGCGUGUGCAUGCGUCUGACCAGACAAGAAGCUGGCUGCAUUCGUGGCAAGUCAAAGUAUCUCGAAUGCUCUACCCAGAAGAACGGUGUCUACUUUACAACAAAGCAGCUGCAGGCCUAUCGUCGUGAAUACGACCAGCUAUCUCAAAACUAUAACCGCACUCAGAGCAGUCUGGUAAAUGAGGUCGUCCAGGUAGCGUCCUCGUAUUGCCCAGUCCUUGAGCGCCUUGCUGGCGUGCUUGCCCAUCUAGAUGUCAUCGUAUCUCUCUCUCACGCAGCCGUUCAUGCCCCUGAUGCCUACGUCCGACCCAAGAUACAUACCCGCGGCGAGGGCCAAACAAAACUUUUGGGUGCUCGCCACCCCUGUAUGGAACUUCAAGACGAUGUGCAAUUCAUCACCAAUGAUGUUGAGCUUACCCGCGAUCAAUCCUCAUUCAUCAUCAUCACUGGGCCUAAUAUGGGCGGUAAAUCUACCUACAUCCGCCAAGCUGGUGUCAUUGCCCUCAUGGCGCAAGUUGGGUCCUUCGUUCCUUGUUCAGAGGCCGAACUCACUAUUUUCGACUCCAUCCUUGCCCGAGUCGGUGCUUCAGAUUCCCAGCUCAAGGGUGUAUCGACCUUUAUGGCCGAAAUGCUCGAGACAGCCAACAUUCUUAAAUCAGCAACUGCCGAGUCCCUCAUCAUCAUCGACGAGCUUGGCCGCGGUACCUCAACAUACGAUGGCUUCGGUCUUGCUUGGGCCAUCUCCGAGCAUAUCGUCAAGGAAAUUGGCUGCUUCGCCAUGUUUGCGACUCACUUUCAUGAGCUUACCGCUCUGGCUGAUCAGUACCCUCAGGUGAAGAACAUGCAUGUUACGGCACACAUCAGCGGCACCAACGGCGAUGUCAAUGCCAAGCGUGAGGUCACGCUGCUUUACAAGGUUGAGCCUGGUAUCUGCGAUCAGAGUUUCGGCAUCCACGUCGCCGAGCUGGUGCGGUUCCCGGACAAGGUUGUCCGCAUGGCGAAACGCAAGGCGGAUGAGCUGGAAGAUUUUACUACCAAGCAUGAAGACCUUGGCGUGAGCUACAGUACCGAGGAUGUUGAGCAGGGUAGUGCCAUGCUAAAGAAGGUCCUCGUCGAAUGGAAAGAGGCCGUGCAGGGCGGAGAGUUGAGCAAAGAAGAGCAGGUGGCGAAGCUAAAGGAGUUGGUGGCAGCUGACGAGAAGCUCCUGGCCAAUCCCUUCUUCCAAUCGGUCAAAGCGCUAUAG